CCAGCAACCUUCCGUGCCCCCGACUCGACUCGUCUCGUCUCCACCGAGCUUAGCCAGGCCCCGACUCGCCUCCGCCGCAUCCGACCCGACCCAACCCCACUCCGAUCUCCUCCGCCGCGGCGGCGGCGGCGACCCCCAUCCUCCGGCGAGCGCCCCUUCACCGCUGCAGUUGAUACGCCACCCGAGCGGUUCCUUCGUCCCUUCCCUUCCCUCGUCGUUCUUCCCAUCGCCGCAGGGCCCCACCGCGGCGGAAGGCGCGAUCCAUGGACCGGUCGAUCAACUUCCGCGGCAUCGCCGGGAGCGCCGGCAACAUCAUGCAGGGAAUGGGGAAAUUCGUUUUCGGCAACGAGGGGAUCGAGUCAAAGGAAGAUAGCUACGUCGAGAGAUAUCUUGACCGGAUAAGCAAUGGCACGAUACCUGAUGACCGGAGAUCUGCCAUGACUGAGCUGCAGUCGCUCGUGGCAGAAAGCCGCUCGGCACAGAUGUCGUUUGGAGCAAUGGGUUUUCCUAUCCUCCUCAAUAUUUUGAAAGAAGACCGCGAGGAUGUAGAGCUUGUGAGAGGUGCCCUGGAGACCUUUGUGAGCGCAUUGACUCCUAUUGAGACGUCACAAGGGCCAAAGACUGAGGUUCAACCGGCGUCAUUGAACUCUGAUCUGCUGUCUCGAGAAACAGAGAAUAUUUCUCUUCUUUUGAGCUUAUUGUCAGAGGAAGACUUUUAUGUGAGAUACUACACAAUCCAGCUUCUAACAGCUCUACUUACAAACUCGCUGAAAAGGUUACAGGAAGCGAUUCUAUUGAUUCCUCGUGGUAUAACAGUUCUAAUGGACAUGCUUAUGGAUCGUGAGGUCAUAAGGAAUGAAGCACUGUUACUUCUUACUUAUUUGACUCGGGAUGCAGAGGAAAUUCAAAAAAUUGUUGUAUUUGAGGGUGUGUUUGAGAAGAUAUUUAGCAUUAUCAGAGAGGAGGGCUAUUCUGAUGGAGGUGUAGUUGUUCAGGAUUGCCUUGAACUGCUAAAUAAUUUAAUUCGACACAAUGCAUCAAAUCAGAUGCUUUUGAAAGAGACAAUGGGCUUUGACCCACUGAUAUCAAUACUAAAGAUUAGGAGAGGCAGUGCAUUUAAUUUUACCCAACAGAAGACAGUAAAUCUCCUCGGAGCUUUAAAUACUGUGGAACUGCUUUUGAUGGGGGGCCCAUCCGGUGAAGCAGGUAAAAAUGGUAACAAUGCAAAUCAAACUGCAUUGGCUCAGAAAAACAUUCUGGACCAUCUUCUUUUGUUGGGCGUUGAGAGUCAGUGGGCCCCUGUCGCUCUCCGCUGUAUGGCACUGCGAUGUAUUGGCAAUUUGGUGUUAAGAAAUCCUCAGAAUCUUGAUUCUCUCGCAAGAAAGCAAGUUGGAGAAGAGCCUCAUGUUCAACCCGCACUGAAUGCCAUCUUCUCUAUAAUCUUGCGGACCUCUGUAGCGCAGGAAUUUGUUGCUGCUGAUUAUGUAUUCAAGUGUUUCUGUGAGAGAAAUCCUAGUGGCCAGACAUUAUUAGCAUCAACGAUUGCUCCACAUCCGAACCAAGGAGAUACACAUGGACCUGCUAGUGACAUGCCUUUUGGAAGUGUACUUCUGCAAGCUCUGGUUUCAAGUGAUGUCAAUGGAGAUAUGGAGGCAUGUUGCAGAGCAUCUAGCGUUCUUUCUCACAUUAUCAAGGACAACUUGCAAAGCAAGGAUCGUGUAUUGCAAAUUCAGCUUGAGACACCAACACCGUCCUUGGGGCGCACUGAGCCGGUAUUGCAUCGUAUUGUCACAUGUUUGUCCAUCGCAGCUUCAACAGAUGGAGAAAACGACCAAAACAACCAACCAGAGGAACCGUACAUUCAACCUGUUAUUCUCCGGCUACUCAUCAUAUGGCUUGUUGAUUGUUCAAAUGCUGUCAAUUGCCUUUUGGAAUCAGCAGUGCAUCUGAACUACAUAAUAGAGCUUGCUUCAAGCAAACGUUACACUGCUUGUGUUCGUGGACUGGCUGCUGUUGUUCUAGGUGCUUGCAUCCUGUACAAUGCUAGCCGUGAGAAGGGUCGUGAUGCCUUUGCUGUUGCAGAUGCUAUAAGUCAAAAGAUUGGCCUCACAACAUACUUCUUGAGGUUUGAUGAAUUGAGGAAAAGCUUGGCACAUCCGUUGUCAGAGCAGCAUCACCGCAAGGAGCUUUCCCGAUCAAGUGCGAACAGCAUGUCAGAUUUCCAAGAGAUUGAAGAGGAUGAAACAAAUAAAGACGAUCAACACCCUGUCCUCUCAGAAAUAUUUGAUUCUCAGUUUGUUAAUUUCCUUAGCAAGCUUGAGGCCGAUAUUAGAGAAAACAUAAUGGAUAUAUUUAGUCGGACAAAAACUGCAACUGCAGUCCUUCCUACUGAAUUGGAGCAGAAGAACGGGGAGGUCGAUGGAGAGUAUAUCAAGCGACUAAAGUCAUUUGUAGAGAAACAGUGCAAUGAGAUGCAGGACUUACUGGCUCGAAAUGCAAUGUUAGCAGAAGAGUUAGUGAGAACUGGUGGUGGUACCACCACAGAUACUUCACAGAAACCUAGCAGUGGCCGAGAAAGGGUCCAGAUUGAAGCCCUCAGACAAGAACUGGAGGGAGCGAAAAGACAGAUAGAGGCACUCAAAACUGAAAAGUCCCAGAUUGAAGCUGAAGCUAACAACCAAAGAAACCUUUCGGUAAAACUGGAGUCUGAUCUCAAGAGUUUGUCAGAAGCUUACAACAGCAUAGAGCAGGCCAACUACCGUUUGGAUGCCGAGGUAAAAACCUUGCGGCAGGGAGGCAGCGUGCCGUAUCCUGACGUGGAAGCAAUAAAAGCGCAAGCCAAGGAAGAGGCUGAGAAGGACAGUGAGGCGGAACUGAAUGAUCUACUUGUCUGCCUCGGCCAGGAACAAACUAAGGUUGAGAAGCUGAGCACAAGGCUUGCAGAGCUCGGCGAAGAUGUGGAUACCCUUCUGCAAGGUAUUGGCGAUGACACUGCCAUCCCGGAUGAUGACGAUGAAGAUGAAGAUGAUGAAGAAUGAUAUGUUUAUGUAACCCUUUAGGUCUGCUGGUGUAAUCCGCUCUCAUGUUGUGAUGGCAAUUGGCAAAUGUACAGUGGAUAAUGUGUAGACAAAGGCACCAUUCAAAUUUAAGUUAUUUGUGGAGAAUGGGACUAAAUAGUGACUCGCGCUCAUGUUGAAUUUGAUUCUCCAAAUAAAAUUUUAUAUUACCUUUGAUAAUUAA